AUGAAAAAGGUUCUUCCCGGGAACGGUAAGAUCUCCAAAGACGCCAAAGAAACCGUUCAAGAAUGUGUGUCAGAGUUCAUAAGCUUUGUGACUGGUGAAGCUUCAGACAAGUGUCAAAGAGAGAAGAGGAAGACCAUCAAUGGAGAUGACAUCAUAUGGGCCAUUACUACUCUUGGUUUCGAAGACUACGUCGCUCCAUUGAAAUUCCAAGAACAAGACCACAACAACAACCUCUCAUGUACUAGUUUCAUCUCUCAUCAUCAUCCUUCUCCCUUCCUUCCCGCUGCCGAUCAUCAACCUUUUCCCAAUCUUCCUUUCUCUCCUAAAUCAUUGCAGAAACAGUUCCCGCAGCAGCAUGAUCAUAACAAUAUUGAUUCCAUUGGACACUGGUGA